UACCUACGUCUAUGACUCCAUCGGCCUCUCUUUCCUCCCUUCGGACUUUUGCAUAUCCACAAUUGGCAACUCUCACCGAUCUCCAUCUCGUCAACCUCCUCUCGUGCUUUGAUAACGCUUAUACUAUCUUUCUCUUCUCUGUUAGCAUUCAUUUGAAGACACUAUCUUAAUAAGCAAAAACCCUAAGACGCCAUCGAUCUGAACAAUAAAAGUCACCACGGAAUUGUUCACCAAAAGUGUGAAGCAUAUAUGGCAUCAUCAGCCCAUUGAGAGACUACUAUGUAAUCAAGAUCAAGACUCUUCUUCCAUGACUUUUGGUGCCAUUGGUCUUGGGUUGGGGGUGUAAUGGUCAAAUAAACGGCAAGGGGGUGGUCAGCCCUGAGCGUCGAUGAAGAGCGUGAUGAUAAAAACCUAUACGGUGCAAGUUGUCGAUAAAGACGGGGCACAUGAUGGGGAUUCUUGGAUGCCAGGGUCUUCCACCUAGUCCAGGGUGUCAAAGGAAAUGCGGUCCCAUUACUGGAUCCAUCCGAACUGCUCGAACAUCGGGCCACUCCCGUUGUGUCCUCUGAGUUUCCCGAUCUCAAGAGCUUCCCGAUGCAGGCUGUGAUCACAGAUCCUGGCCUCGGCGCUGAGACGGGAUGAUGGAUACCGCUGUACACUAGAUACGGGACAGCAGAGCAAGCGGCACCCGGACAAUGGAACAGCAGCAAGCAGUCACUCUUCAACAAAAAAAAAAAUCAAAAAAUCGAAACGGCCAUGUCGCCGGCAUACCACCCACAGCCUGGCUCCCGCGUUUUGUCCAUGGCUCACACAAAGACCUCCCAUCUCUUGUCCCAGCCGUGGUCUCUUUGUGUACCCUCAGGCCACCCUUGCUACCUACGUACAUGGAACGUGUAAAGGCGUCGUGUACCGUUCGAUUGGAUCGGCGUCUUGUCUCUGGCAACUGUCUCUCUUUUUUUCUGUAUGUCCCUGGCCCCCCGUUGGCCUGCCCUGCCUGGCUCUUGAGCUAUGGUGUCUCUCCAUACAGGACCCUGGGCAUCCCAAACACCCCUGGCUCCCACUUCAAAUGACCAGCAGGAUACCGGUUGUUGACCAGGUCUACCGGAUUCCCGAUACAAACUUUGUCUGGAACCUUUGCGUCUUGAUUUUGUUUAUCGCACCCAAGAUUACUGUUUCCACCUUUCGGUCCUCACAUCUGCACUGAUACGGCCUCGUUCCGCAGCCAAAUCCUGCUCCAGAUCCCCUACAUUACAUCUCGAUCGACGGCAUUCCGGCGCUCAAUCCCAACCAGACCUUUGCGUCUUAGGGCUUUAUUAAAUACCCUCUUCUUCCUUCAACCUCAUAGCCUUUCUUCCUUUGCCUUACUUCUUGCCACCGUGUAUGCCUUCAACCUUGACAUCAUUACACUCAACGAGCUCCAUCUCAUCCUCGACUCUAUUGGUCUAUGCGAUAACCUAUCACACUUACACUACCAAUUUCCCUUGUCCCAAAUAGGUCGGCCUAGAACAUCGUCAUCAACCUGUUAGCCUUUGCCAGUUAGGGGGCUGGCGCCUGUGCGAUUACUCGAAAGCCUCUUCAGCCGGCUAAAGAAACCAUCAUAAUACCCUACCAACACACUGUCUCAUAACCAGCACCAUGAGCCAUACCGUGAACUCGAGCACCAUGAACCCAUGGGAGGUUGAGGCGUAUCAGCAAUACCACUAUGACCCUCGAACCGCGCCCACGGCCAACCCUCUCUUCUUCCAUACGCUCUACGCUCCCGGCGGUUAUGACAUUAUGGGCUAUCUGAUUCAGAUUAUGAACAGGCCAAACCCCCAAGUAGAACUGGGACCUGUUGACACGUCAUGCGCUCUGAUUCUGUGCGACCUGAAGCAAAAAGACACGCCAAUUGUGUACGCCUCGGAAGCUUUUCUCUAUAUGACAGGAUACAGCAAUGCGGAGGUCUUGGGGAGAAACUGCCGUUUUCUUCAGUCACCCGACGGAAUGGUCAAGCCGAAAUCGACAAGGAAGUACGUCGACUCCAACACGAUCAAUACGAUGAGGAAAGCGAUUGAUAGGAACGCCGAGGUGCAGGUUGAGGUGGUCAAUUUUAAGAAGAACGGCCAACGGUUUGUCAACUUCUUGACGAUGAUUCCGGUGCGAGAUGAAACAGGGGAAUACCGGUACAGCAUGGGUUUCCAGUGCGAAACGGAAUGAAAGCGGCGAGUUAAGAAUGGAGAGAGGAAAAGAAAAGGGGGGAGAGCGAAAGAGAAGUGGGACGAGAGGCAACAGUCACAGCACCUCCAUGGCGCAAUCACAACAACUACAACCACAACAAGAUCAACAUCAACAUCAACAUCGACAAACAAGGGGUGGGAAUCAGACAACGAUGUCAUCUGGCAUACGUCGCGGCGUUUGAGGGUUUUACUUUUAUGUUUGUCAUUCCGGGGUUUCUCAUGUUUGGUUAAGGGGAUCACAUCAACAUCAUUGCGAAAGGCGUCUUAUUCUGCGAUUGGGCAUGGCGAUGAGAUUGGUCUUUAAUUUUUUAUCCUCAUAUUCCCCCAUAUAUACACUACAUCAUUACAAUCAUGGGUUUCUUCACUUCCGUCGUUCUUAAAAGACAAAGUGUUUGGUUUUUUAUUUACCGCAUCACCUACUCUUACAUUAUCAUCUGUCAAGAUGACAGAGCGGCAUUCUGGCCCUCCUUUAGAUCUUCAUCUACAGGUUGCUUUGAAUAAGGCAAAUUGCAAGAGAAUUGGAUCUUUCGAUGAGGCGCUCUUCCAUCGGCUUUUACGUUAUGAUGCGGGAAGCAAGCAGGCAGGCUUGUUGGGUGGGAAUGGACUGGCAGAAGCGGUAGGAGAGAGUUAUGAGUCUCGCAAAUCAAGGAAGGGCCCGAGGAUACAAGAGAGAGAACGCGAUGACUAUUGUUGCUACCGCGAGGCCACAAGGUUUUGGAUUAGAACAGUUAUUCGAGUGGGACACUGCAAUGAAUUAGGUCACAUAUCAUUCUGCCAAAUAUGGAAACGGAAUUCUGCAAACACCGAAAUAUCAACAGAAGGAAAUCCUAUCUACUUCCAUCAAUGGACAAGCAGCGCUUAAACUAUAUCACUGUGCCAUUGUCACACGCAACAGAGAGCGUUCAUCAAAGGGCUGAUCAAUGAUUUAAAG